AUGGUUACAGAAAUAACAAAAAUUUUUAUAUCAACAGGGAGGCACCUGGUGAGCGUAUUGGAGGACUUGGGGUUGGAGCGGUACUACAGGGAGAAACAAUCACGUAGCAAAUUACUUGAGAUUGAUGAGCAGAUGAUUAAUGAUGAACCUGCCAAGUAUAAAUCAGACCUCCCGUGGUAUUUUCUAAAGGAACUGAUGAUGGUUAAUGUCACAGCUAGAAAUAGGAUAAAACUUAAUGAUCAAUCAUUGAUCACAGACAUGCCAAAUCCACUCGACAUAAUCACUGCUCUCUUUCUGUGUUCUGAUGGUUUUGUACAGCAGGAAAUGGCAGUAAAAAUGUCCAUGUGUCAGUUCUCUGUUCCUUUGCUGCUUCCCAAUUGUGACACCAAUCAGUGCACACUCAUGCUGUGGGCCAUGAGAGACAUUGUUAAAAAGUACAGACCUCAGUCUCUGUCCGAGUCCAAGGGCUUCAUUGAAGACAGAAUCGUUCUGUCUGAACUUCCAAUGAUCUCUUUUGUCAGACUGGGUGAGUGCUCCUUGUCCAAGUCAGAGAUUCUCAAUAAGCUUCUGAGCAAUUCUCAGCAGUACCAUGACACCUUUGUUCAUUGCAACAUGGAGUGUGGUGACAGUCCAAGAGCAAUAUCCAACGGACUGACUGAAAUUACUUGGUAUCUUCCUGGUGGAAACACAAACAUUGAUAUUUUCAGUCAGCCAGUGGCUGUAGCUAACCUUCGUGGGGACAUUGAAUCUUUUGAAACACAAUACUCCUUUUUGUGUCAGACAUCUGCUGCAGUUUUUGUGUUCUUUGACGAUUUGGACUCUGAGUCCGAGCGCAGUAUACUCACUAACCAAAACCACAAGACACAGAUCUUUUUAGUUGGUAAUGGUGAAAGAACAGUAGCAAACAAACUGGGCUUGAAUAAUAACAACAUCAUAACUAAGAAGAAACAAAAGAAUGAUGCAGAUUUUAUACAGACUUUCAGAGAAAAAGUCCGAGAUGUAGUUGAGAACUCAGCAAUAAAGAUCCCAGUAGAGCAGAUGGCAGACAUUGCACAUAAACUGGGAAUCCUGGUUGAAGAAGACUCUCCAGAGUGCCAGACUGGAAAGAGAAAUGCAGAAGCCAUCACUGCUGAAAUUCAAGACAUCCUGAAAUACAAAGAAGAUCAGCUUCCACGACAAGGUGAAAUAUGGAAAGAACUGACCUGCUUACAGAGGGAAGAAUGUCGACUUCAGAAGAUUGGCUCUAAAAAUAUAGAAGAUUACAAAAGCGAACUUCAGAAAAAGAAAAAAGAACUGCGGAAAAAGCAGAACUCUUAUGACAUGUCGACAGCUAUGACAUGGUUUAUCAAUGCAAUAUCAAGCCCAGGAACAGAGAGGUUUUAUUUCUUGAAAUGGAUGCAAAUGAACCUGGAUAACAUGUCUCGUGUAAAACUGUCUGAACUUCGUGAGAAAUAUAAAGAAAAAUGCAAGAACCCUGAGAACAAAGAGGAGAUCAAGGAGAUUGACAGACAAAUUUCCAACAGCUCACUGGGGACUGAACACUUCUUCCAUGAAAUGGGUCAGAUCUAUGAAGCCUCACUGUCCCUUCCACAAACAGAUCCAGCACGUCAACAGCUGCAGCAUCUGCCCAAACUGUGUGCUGAGUUGUUGCUUGAUGGAUUUCCUCUUGAGCUUGUAGAUGGAGAUGCAUCCAACAUCCCUCUCAGAUGGGUGAGUGAUGUUCUCUCUCAGCUCAGUGACUUGGUGUCUCCAAACAGAAAGAUCCUGGUAGUCACAGUUCUUGGAGUUCAGAGCACAGGAAAGUCCACUCUCCUUAACACCAUGUUUGGAGUGCAGUUUGCAGUCAGCAGUGGUCGAUGUACUCGAGGUGCCUUUAUGUUGCUCAUCAAAAUCAAUGAAGACAUGAAAAAAGUCCUAAACUGUGACUUCAUGCUGAUCAUUGACACUGAGGGCUUAAAGUCACCAGAACUUGCUCAACUAGACAACAGCUAUGAGCACGACAAUGAGCUUGCUACACUUGUUGUGGGGCUGAGUGAUGUCACCAUUGUUAAUAUUGCAAUGGAGAAUUCCACUGAAAUGAAGGACAUCCUACAAAUAGUUGUGCAUGCUUUUCUCAGGAUGAAGGAGGUGGGCAAAAAGCCGAGAUGUGUGUUUGUUCACCAGAAUGUGUCCGAUGUUUCAGCCCAUGAGAAGAACUCACGAGACAGGAAACUGCUCCUGGAACAGUUGAAUGAGAUGACCCAGGCAGCAGCCAGAAUGGAAAAGAAAGAGGAGAACAAGAGCUUCACUGAUGUGAUGGAGUACAGUCCAGACACUGGGAACUGGUACAUUCCUGGACUCUGGAAUGGAAACCCACCAAUGGCACCAGUCAAUGCAGGCUACAGUGAGGCUGUAUAUGAGCUCAAGAAACACAUCAUCCAACUGCUGGGAAACUGUGAGUGUUCAGCUAAGGAUAUCUUGGAUUUCAAAGAGUGGAUGGAAAACUUAUGGAAUGCAGUAAAGCACGAAAACUUCAUCUUCAGCUUCAGAAACAACCUAGUAGCUGAUGCAUACAUGAGACUCUGCACAGAAUUCAACAAAUGGGAGUGGGAAUUCAAAACAGCAAUGUACACCUGGGUAACAAAUGCAGAAAAAAGAAUUUCCAAUUUUGGUACAAUUGCUGUAAAAGCUGAAUCUUCUGACAUGAGAGAAUUUCUCACAUCUUUGAAAAGUGAAGCCUCCACAGUGCUGUCCACAUGGGAGACAAGACUUUUAGAAAAUCUGAGACAAUAUUUUAAGAAAACAGAGGGUCAUGUUUAUCUUGUAGAAGGAUACAAAGAGGAAUUCUCAAGCAAUGUAAAGAGCCUUCGGCGUGAAUUGGAAAGGAGUGUUUUUAAUCAGCUCACAGCAGCAGCAGAAAUAACACAGGAAAUGAUAGAAAUUGAUCAAAUCAAAGAGAAUCACAUAAAAGAGAUUGAAAAUGCAGUUUGGGGACUGGUUCACGAAUGCUGGAAAAAUAAUGUUCAGAUGGGAGAGACAGAACUUGAAAAUAAGUUUCACAAGAUGUGGAACGACAUGCUGAAGGGACUUCCUUGUUCUGAAAAACAAGCUGCACAAAUCUUCAGGAAUGCAUCAUCUUAUCUGAAAGAAAGCCUGAAACAUAAAGGGGAUGUUUCACAAGAACUUUUAGAACAAAGGCUGGAAGAUUGUGGUUUGGUGCCUUUCAGAUAUACAGCUGAAAGAUACUCAAAUAGAGGCGAGGACGUAAGUAUGUUUUUGAACAUUCAAGAAUACAUAAUGGCUGCACAAAAACUGGCUGACAGCAUCAUAGAUGCUUGCACUCAGUUUGUGAGUGAAAAAGUGAGAAGGAAAAAAAUGUACUGUGACACAUUCAUGAAGGAGAUCCUACACAUCACUGAUAAGAAUCUGGAUGUUGCAACAGACAUUGAGUUUGAAGUUUCUCUAAAACUGCACAUCUGUGGAUUUGCAGCCAGAGAGUUUAAGAAAGUGCAUGAAGAAAAUGAUCCAUACAGAUGUCUGAUGAAAAACAAGGACAGUUCCUUAGCCAAGAGGCACAUGAACUCCAGGUACUGGGAGUUCUUUUGA